CAUUCCCUCUCGGUACCUCCUUACCAACGAAACAUAUAUGAAAAAGAUAAGACUGCGCAAACACAAACACACCUAAAACAAACCAUUCCCACAUAGCAAAUCUUCUCUCUUUGCCUUGAGUUCUUGAGUCUUGUUAAGCUUCAAGAGACACCAUUAGCUUCAUGGCUUGCUCAAAUCUAACAAUGUGGGUAUCCUCAAAAGCAUCUCUUCCUGACACUUCUUCACUCUCUUUUGGCUCAGCUCUCAACCCUUUUAGGCUUCCUUCACAACAAAAUUCAACCCUCAACAGCCCCUCAAGAUCCUCAACUGUGGCCCCAGUUCACUGUAGCCUCCGUGAGCUUAGAGAGCGUAUUGAUUCUGUAAAGAAUACUCAGAAGAUCACUGAGGCCAUGAAGCUUGUUGCUGCGGCUAAAGUCAGAAGAGCUCAAGAAGCUGUUGUUAAUGGUAGACCGUUUUCUGAAACUCUUGUUGAGGUUCUUUAUAACAUCAAUGAACAGCUCCAAACCGAAGACAUAGAUGUUCCUCUAAUCAAGGUUAGGCCUGUUAAAAAGGUUGCCUUGGUUGUUGUCACUGGUGAUCGUGGUCUUUGUGGUGGCUUCAACAAUAAUCUUAUCAAGAAAGCUGAAGCAAGAAUUGCUGAAUUGAAGAAUCUUGGCCUUGAGUACACUGUUAUUAGCGUUGGCAAGAAGGGUAAUUCAUAUUUUCUUCGUAGGCCUUAUAUUCCUGUUGAUAAAUUUCUUGAAGGAGGUUCAUUACCUACUGCAAAAGAAGCUCAAGCUAUAGCAGAUGAUGUGUUCUCACUCUUUGUCAGUGAAGAAGUAGAUAAAGUUGAGCUUUUGUAUACAAAGUUUGUGUCUUUAGUUAAGUCUGAUCCUGUGAUUCACACUUUGCUUCCAUUAUCACCUAAGGGAGAGAUUUGUGAUAUUAAUGGACAAUGCGUUGAUGCUGCCGAGGAUGAGUUCUUUAGAUUGACAACAAAGGAAGGGAGACUGACUGUUGAGAGAGAUGUUGUGAGGACUGAGACUGUGUCUUUCUCUCCGAUUUUGGAGUUUGAGCAGGACCCUGUGCAGAUUCUUGAUGCUUUGUUGCCUUUAUACUUAAACAGUCAGAUUUUGAGGGCUUUGCAGGAGUCAUUAGCUAGUGAACUUGCUGCGAGAAUGAGUGCCAUGAGCAAUGCAACUGAUAAUGCAAAGGACUUGAAGAAGAACUUAUCUAUGGUGUAUAACAGGAAGCGCCAGGCUAAGAUUACAGGAGAAAUAUUGGAAAUUGUUGCUGGUGCAGAAGCUUUAGUCUAGUGAAUUAUAAUUUGGAGUUUCUUCACUUCCAACACCUGUGUGGUUCUUUGUAGCUGCGAAUAAACUUUGUGCACCAUGAGAGCUUGCAAUGAACUUGGAACAGGGGCUUCUGACUUUUCUUUGUAUGUUAUAUUUUUUAUGUUGGUUUUAUACCACUUGUAUAAUUUGGAGAUAUCACUACAGGGUUAACCUUCUUUAAUUCCUGUUCAUUUA